AUGGCUGCCAUGGCGGCCGUGACUCCAUCUCUUUCUUAUCGGUCCCUGUCCUCCUCGCUCUGUUCUCCGUUGUCGCAUCACAGUCCUUUCUCGAGAUCACUCGCACCUGUCGGUCGCUCCCCCGCACGUCUCCUGCAUCGGCCACUGCACGACCACGUCCAGUCGCUCCCCGAGUCCCAAUUUGUCUCCCCACAAGUCGAUUACGCCGUGACGUCCCGGCCCUUUUUCAAGCUGGCUUCCUCACGCUCACGUUCACAUUCAUAUACCCAAGCCAGCAGUCGCUUGAGUUUGAUCUCGCGACACUUGGAAGAACACCAACAGUCCUCCUAUCCUCCCAUCAACACACCAUAUACUACCGAGAGGACUUCGUUGCCCUCGGACGACGUCCCCUGGAACCCGCCGUCACCACCACCUGCCCCGCUUCCGAAAUCGCCCUCCUCGCAAGUGCAGAAGAGACAAUUGUCCACGUCGUCGGCAGCCAAAAUGUCUUCGCAACCUCCUCACCCUUCUCUCCUGAUUCCCGGGCCCAUCGAGAUCAGCGAUGAAGUCUCGCAGGCCAUGGGUCACUAUGCCCAGUCCCACGUUGGCCAGCCAUUCGUCAACACCUUCGGCGAGACGCUCACUCAGCUGCGCCAACUGUUCCAGACGAGCAACCCCAACUCGCAGCCCUUUGUGCUGGCGGGCAGCGGGACUCUGGGCUGGGACCUCGUGGCGGCCAACCUCGUCGAGCCCGGCGAAGACGUCCUCGUACUACACACGGGAUACUUUGCCGAUUCCUUUGCCGACUGCCUGUCGACGUACGGCGCAAAGCCUACACAGCUGAAGGCUCCCAUUGGGGACAGACCCCAACUCCCAGAAAUCGAGGCGGCGCUGAAAGAGAAGAAGUACAAAGCCCUGACGGUCACCCACGUCGACACCUCCACCGGCGUGCUCUCUCAGAUCCAGGCUCUCUCGGACCUCUUGCGCCGUGUUUCUCCAGAUACCCUUCUGGUCGUCGACGGCGUCUGCUCCGUCGGAGGCGAGGAGAUCCACUUUGACAACAUGUCGAUUGACGUGUGCCUGACCGCGUCUCAGAAAGCCAUCGGCUGCCCGCCGGGUCUAUCCAUCACCAUGGUUUCGGAAAAGGCGAUGAACGUCUUCAAAUCCCGCAAGUCCCCGCCGGGCAGCUACUACGCGAGCUUCAAGAACUGGUUACCCAUCAUGCAGAACUACGAGGCGAAGAAGCCGUCCUAUUUUGCAACUCCGCCCACUCAGCUCGUGCAGGCCUUGAACACCUCCUUGAAGCAAAUCCUUUCGCGGCCAGUGAGCGAUCGCUUCGCCCAACACAAGAAAGUGAGCGACUACGUGAAGGCCAAAGUCAAGGAGAUGGGUCUCAAGGAGCUGGCCUUGGACCCUAACAAUGCCGCGCACACCAUGACGGCAAUUUAUUUACCCGAGGGCCUGACUCCGCCCGAGAUCCUGCCCAAGUUGAUGAGCAGGGGUGUCAUCUUCGCGGGCGGCCUGCACCGGGAGAUUGCGGCGAGAUAUAUUCGUUUCGGCCACAUGGGCGUUUCGGUUACGGAUGAGUCCAGAGGAGAAGUUGACAAGGCUCUCGAUGCGUUGAAGGAGGGGCUGGCCGAGGUGCAGCAGGCCAAGGGAAAGAAUUGA